AUGGGUUCCCUUGUUUUGUCACUGCUCGUCACUCUCCUACACCUACUGAGUGGCACCCAUGAACUCACAAUCCACCCACCAGCCGUCGUCCAGAACAUCACCGAUGCGGCCACGGUGGAGCUGAAGAUCACCAACGACGACGAUGCCGCUCUCUCUCUGGACGUGCAUGUGACCGAUAUCAAGUACAGCCCCUUCUUCUGGCCGAAAGACGGUGUCUGGACGGCUGAAGACUGGCGCCGAUAUUGGCAGACCCGCCAUCCGCCGGGCGAGAACCACACUGGGGUGUUCUCAAACACGACAGGUGAGGCAAGGCAAGCAACGGGAGAAUUGCAUGCACUAAAAACAUGCAUUACAUUGCCCUUUCUCUUGCAGAAACAUGGCUGCCAUCCGGCGGGCACUUCCACUCAUUCGGCUUCCGUGAGCAGCCCGGUGUCUUCUCGGCUCGACACGUCCUUCCUGGUGGCGCAACCGACUUCUUUGACGCGUCAAAAUCAUCGCCAUGGAACGAGAUUGCCUACAGCCCAGCACUAGCAUGGUCGAAGGGCGGGCCCUUCGGCAAACGGGGCGUUCAGACGCUUCCAUACUUCGCUGUAUCGGAUGUCGCUCCCUUCUGGGCCAGCUUCUUUGACUGGGGCUGGAUUGGGAUCGCGAGAUGGUCGUGGAGUGAUAUCUGGGAGUGGGGCUGGGUCGGCAUUGGCCGAGAAGACUCGCCGAUGGUUUGAUCCUUCUUAUUUUGGCUGGUAUGGCAUUGAAGCGGACACUCACCCGAUCUAUCCAUUGCAUUUGUUUGUCUGUCUGUGUAGGGGCUGGUUUGGCAUAGCCCGCUGGACCCCAUGGGACUGGUAAUGAGGCGGAUCGGCACAAAGAAACAGAUUGCAUCAGCUGUGGUGCGCAUGUUCUGUGUAUACCACACACAUCAGGGGCCAUGUUGGCACAGGUCGAUGGACAGGCGAUUGGGGCUGGGUUGGCAUCGGACGCUGGACUGGCGAUUGGGGCUGGGUCGGCAUCGGCCGUGGUCGGUGGAAUCCAGACUGGGGAUGGACCGGUUAGCAGGCUAGCAGACAUGUGCCUCAGGUGCAUCUCGUGUGUCCGGCCUCUUUCUGCAGGCAUUGCUCGUUGGAACCCUGGAUGGGUGGGUACACAGAGAUAGAUAAGACACACGAAUAA